AUGUCGUCGUGCUUCGGGUCCAGGAAGAAGUCGAGGAGCGGCGAUAGGCAGCCAUUACUUCCUCAAUAUGAGGACGACACCUCACUCCAACGCGCUGCGCACCAGAAGAUGCACACGUACCAGAUGCUGAGAGCUCUUUCCAAGGGUUUCAUGCCAUCUACAGAGCAGACAAUUGUUAACUUGAGAACACUCUUGGCCUCGGAUGUGCUCAACCCGGAAUUGACUGGCCUGAGUGACGACGGACGAAAAUUGACCAAGUGCACGAAGCAAUGGUUAAAGGAGUUUAUCGACUUGCUCGCAAACAAGAACAGUGGGGAUCAAGUCCAAGACUUCAUCUGGUUCUUGAUACACUCGAGAGUCUCUGUUGAUGUCGAGGAUCUGGUCCGAACGGCAACUUCGACUAGAGCAAAGGCGGAUGCAUCAGCGGCAUAUGAAAGCUUCAAAACUGUGGGGAGCCUACUGUUAACGAACUCGGACUUCAGAAUCUUCCUUUCGGACCUUAACACCAUCGGAAGACAAGUAUUCGCAGAUACUGCCAACACCGUUUCAGAGGUCGCUGGCCAGGCCGCUAAGAAAAUUGAACCAUCCGCUGAAGCCUCGGAGACUCUCAAGAACCCAGGCAGUGAGAAUGGCCCAGCUCCUACGGGGGAGGACCUUGGUGCCGAGGCUGCCGAGGUUGCAGAGGUCAUUGCAAACGGUAUCAAAAAGACCGGGGAAGAGGCAGGCGUGAGUCUCAAAGAGAACAUCACCGGAGACCAAAGAGAAACGCUCGUCUACCGUCUCAAAGCUGCAGUUACCAAGCUUCGCAAGAGGAAUGACUACUCCGAUUCCGUGUCCACAAUUGGUCUUUUGAUCAAUAGAUACGCCAAAGUAUACUCCAGAGCUGUGGACAAGACUCUCAGUACCGUAUCCGAAGAUAUCGAGACAAAUGAAGAGCUCGACCGGGCUAUCAAGAACGGAUGGUCUUUGGUCAGCUCUUUUGGAGACAAGCAAGCCUGGAAGGAGCUGGAGAAGCGGGUCAACAAACUCAUGGAGCACUCUCAGAAGGAUCCGGACUUCGAAAACCUCAUGGAAGAGCUUGCCACAUCGAUCCAAAAGAUGCUUACCGAUCCCGACUUCUUCGAGUCAGCCAAUAACAAGAUUGAAGAGCUAAAAGAGAAGUCCAAGGAAGUCGGUACAGACUCUCCUCUUCGCAAGGAUGUCGAUGCUGUUAUCCAUCAAGCCCGAAAAACAUUCGACUUGGUGGUCCACGACCAAGACGUCUCCAAGCUUCUCCAAACAACCCUCAGAAUCUGGAACAUCAUAUCCCCUGCCAAUAGUAUCACCAAUCAUGACCUUUUCACCGACGCCCACACAGUCUUCAUUCCACUCCUCAUCUCCGCCAUCCAGUACAUUCCCGUCCCUCGCCUCGAGAUCUCCGCCCCCGAAAUCGACCUGCUCCUGGAAAACCUCGUCAUCGAACCUGGCCGCACAAUCAACCACACCUCAUUUCUCCCAUUCCGUCUCAAGAUAGAAACCUACAACGACCUCUCCAUCCGUAAAGCUCGCUUCCGCACCAUCAGCACCGUGAAUUCUCUCGUUACAAUCAAGGCUCAAGGUCUCUCCAUCCGCGCCGAGGAGGUCGGCUUCUGGCUGCGCGCUCACAAAGGCCUGCUCCGUCUCGCCGAUCAGGGAAUCGCUUCGUUCGAGCUCGAUGACCGAGGCUUUGACAUUGAGCUCGAUGUUGAGAUCGGCAAGGAACGUCUCGAGAAGAUACUUACGCUGAAGAAUGUACGGGUCAAGAUCCAUCAUCUCAGCUACACGUUGAGAAAGAGCAAGUUCGCCUGUCUAGCCUGGAUCUUCAAGCCUUUCCUGCGUCCUAUCUUGCGCAAAGUCAUCGAGCGCCAGGUCUCUACCGCUAUCGCUGAUUUCUUCCACGCUGCGAAUCGCGAGUUGUUGUUCGCUCGGGAGCGUCUGCGCGCGACUCGUAUCUCAGAUCCCCAAGAUCUGGGAACUUUCUUCAAGGCUAUCAUCACACGGUUGACGCCCGAGGAGGAUCCAGAUCUUUACACCAAUGUCGGUGUCCGAGGUGCUGCUGGUGAGAGAGGCAAUGUCUUCUCGGGUGUGUACGCGCCUGGUAGCGUUGUCAAGCUUUGGGACGAGGAAGCCGCGAAAGCAGGCGAGGUGGUGGACGACAACGCCAGCCAAGGAUGGAGGAACAAGAUAUUUGAGGUGCAAGCGCGAUCGCUGUUUUAA